AUGGCAAGCUCGCUGCGAUCCGCGACACCUUCGCGGCUGGCGCUCCGUGCGCUCACACGACACGAUGCUGCCCACACUCGUUCCAUCUCGACCAACAUCAAGGUUGCAUCGACUUCUUCCGCCUCUUCAUCCGCAACACCGCGAGCUCACUCUCGAGGAUACGCCUCGCCAUCGUCCCCAGCCGCCAUGGCUACCCCCAUCGAGGUCGCCCAGCCCGACAUCCGCGCUGGCGUCGGUAGCAAGCAGGGCUCGGGCAAGAACUUGCUCAACGACAUCAUCUCAGCAGCACCCAAGCACUCGACAGCAAAUCGUCCCAUCUACCUCGAUGCACAGUCCACCACCCCCGUCGACCCGCGUGUCGUCGACAAGAUGAUGCCCUACAUGACCAACCAAUACGGAAACCCACAUUCUAAGACGCACGCCUACGGCUGGGAGUCCGAGAAAGGUGUCGAGCAAGGCCGAGAGCACAUUGCCAGCCUCAUCGGCGCCGAUCCCAAAGAGAUUAUCUUCACUUCCGGUGCCACCGAGUCCAACAACAUGGCCAUCAAGGGCGUCGCCCACUUUUACAAGUCCAAGAAGAACCACAUCAUCACCACACAGACAGAGCACAAGUGUGUGCUCGACUCGUGCCGUCGUCUGCAGGAGGAGGGUUUCGAAGUCACGUACCUCCCCGUUCAGCCCAACGGCCUCAUCGACCUGAAGCAGCUUGAGGAUGCACUCCGACCCACCACCGCGCUCGUCUCCAUCAUGACUGUCAACAACGAGAUCGGUGUCAUUCAGCCCAUCAAGGAGAUCGGCCACCUCCUCAAGACCAAGGGUGCCGAGCUCGCCAAGCAGAGCGGCCGUGGUGCCACUAAGCCCUUCUUCCACACCGACGCCGCGCAGGCUGCAGGCAAGAUCCCACUCGACGUCAACGAGCUCGGCGUCGACCUCAUGAGCUUGUCCAGCCACAAGCUGUACGGUCCUAUGGGCAUCGGCGCCUGCUACAUCCGCCGUCGCCCGCGUGUCCGUCUCGAGCCCCUCAUCAACGGCGGUGGACAGGAGCGUGGCCUGCGUUCGGGCACGCUCGCCCCGCAGCUUAUCGCCGGAUUCGGUGAAGCCGCGCGCCUCGCCAAGCAGGAGAUCGCCUACGACCACGCGCACGUCCAGAAGCUCUCGCAGCGCCUGCGCAACCACCUCGAGGCCAACAUCUCGCACGUGCUCUUCAACGGCGACCACAACGGCUACCCCGGCUGCCUCAACCUCACCUUCCAGUACGUCGAGGGCGAGUCGCUCCUCAUGGCCCUCAAGGAUAUCUGCCUCUCCUCCGGUUCUGCCUGCACGUCCGCCUCGCUCGAGCCCUCGUACGUCCUGCGCGCGCUUGGCCUGAAUGACGAGAACGCCCACUCGUCGCUUCGCUUUGGUAUUGGCCGAUUCACCACCGAGGAGGAGGUCGACUAUGUCGCCGACAAGAUUGUUCGGGUCGUCAACAAGCUGCGCGACAUGAGCCCGCUCUGGGAGAUGGUGCAAGAGGGCAUCGACAUUAACUCCAUCACUUGGUCCGGUUGA